UAAAAAAUCGACACAAUUAAAUUAAAUAAAACAAUAAAUUGACUAGAGUAGUUUUAUUAAAAAUGGAGACAAUAUCGCACGUCGUAAAAGUUUCCUUACCGAAUUAUUUAUCUGGAUUACCUAUUCCGGAUUCAGUUGGAGGAUGGUUCAAAUUAGGAUUUAAAGAUUGGCUGGCUUUGAUUCCUCCAACUGCCAUAGUCGCAGGAUUAGGAUACAUGUCCUAUCAAUCUUGGUGUCCAGAGGCUAAAAAGGCAAUCAAGGCACGCGUCAAUCACAAAGUAAAGAAGGAUGUAGGAAAAGUCGUAGACACUGUUGACGUUGAAGACAUUACUGAAAAAGCGGUCUUCUGUCGCUGCUGGAAGAGCGAAAAUUGGCCUUAUUGCGAUGGAGCACACGCUAAACACAAUGAAGCUACUUGUGAUAACGUAGGACCGCUUAUCGUGACCAAGAAGAAAUAAACAAUAAAAAUGAUUCUACAAAAUACGUAUCAAGUAAUUGUUGCAUUUUCGACAAUACUUGAAGCUCACAAACUGCAAUUAAAUGUAGUUACCCUUUAGUUCAAUUAUAAAAACCAUUUUUUUUUUUUUUUGGUCAUGGUGUAAAUACUGUAGUAAAAAAUAAUCGCCAUUACUGCAGUAUUAUCCAAUUAUUUUUAUAAUUAUUAUAGUAAAUUAUUUUUUUUUUAUUUUUCAAGAAAAAAAGCUUGUAAAUAAUUGUAAACCAAGAAUAUUAAGAGUAUAAUUGAUGGUACUAAAAAUAAAUAAAUAAAAGUAAGUAAUUAAAAAAAGAAAAGCACAAGCUAAUUAAUUUAUUAAGUGUCUAGUUUAUGUACAAUGUACAUUUACUUAUUAAAUAAUUAAAUAUUAAAAAUACACUAACAGCGUGAUAAUCAUAUUGAAUAGUGAGCCAUCAUGUAUACAAGUACUUGAUUAAAAUAAAAAAAGUUCAAUUAAUUCUAAA